GAGGUGAGUGGCUAGCUUCAAACCCCGUCUGCUUUGACCUCUGGCAAAUCGCCCCUGGUACCUAUUGGUUAGGAGGCUGAGUAGGCCCCAGAGCCGGCCUGAACGCUGUCCCUCGUCGGGAAUCAAACCUCGGUCAUCCAGUUCGUAUUCCAUCGCUAUAUUGACUGAGCUGUUUCGAUACCUAGAAAUCGUACAUGAAUAGAACGAGGAAUGUGUGCGCAAUUUUGGUCGGAAAAACUUAACGAAAAAAAACUUGACAGAAAUAUGAAUAAACGAGAGAAUAAUAUUAAAAUGCAUCUUAAAGCAAUAGGAUCUGAAGACAUAAACCGGAUAUGGUGUAAACACGGUAACGCGAUUUCAGGAUUCACAUAUCAACAAGGAUAAUGACUAUUAACUUUUCAAAAAACUGGCGCUAUGGAGUUAAUAAUUUUUCAAGUGCCCCACCCGUCACCUUCUCCCUUAAAUAAAUCCUAGGAAGGCCACUGGUUUCAGAGACGUAAUGACAAGGAAUUAUCUCAGAGUUCAGAGCAAACAGACACGACUGGACAACAAUCUGCAUUAUUACAGCAAGCAAACAAUUUAGUGAGAUCCAUGUUUCGCAACUCCGUUUUGUUUACUCAUAAUUGGAAUAUACGAGUAAGUGUUAUUUUGUCUGCUGACUGGUCGGUCGUCCACUGUCUCGUAAAAGUUUACAGCUGACCUCGAGAUCCUCGAGAUACACUGCUGUACCCUUGUUUGGCGCUGGAGAGACAUUCACGAGUAGACGCGCAGUGAGAGUGGAAGGUGGCAGUAACGGGGGACGAAACCUGCAACAUUCUGUCAGAUACACACGCGCUAAGUGUGCUGCUGUACAACCAUGCUCGGGAGAGACAGCGAAACGUCGCCAGAUAAGCCCACCCUCAUGGAUGGUGGAAACUACAUCAAGGAGGGUCGGGACUCUGCUAAGAGUACCUGUCUCAUCUUCUCACCAAAUGAGGAAGCUGUUGGAGCACUUGCUAAGUCCCUCAAAUUGUUCGAGAAGCAUGGUGUGAACUUGUUGCACAUUGAAUCAAGACCAUCAGCAAGAGUUCCUGAUAGGUAUGAAUUUAUGGUGGAGUGUGCACCAUCAGGAGAGCUGGGUAUUGCUAUCGAGACUCUCCGAGAACAUUCUUCAUAUUUCAACAUCAUCUCACGUAAUCACAAAGAUAAUAGAGAUACUGUUCCAUGGUUUCCUUGUCGCAUACGAGACCUUGACAAGUUUGCAAAUCACAUUCUGUCUUAUGGAUCUGACCUUGAUGCAAAUCAUCCAGGAUUCAAAGAUCCUGUGUACAGAGCCCGAAGGAAAUACUUUGCAGAUAUCAUCUACAACUACAAGCAUGGAGAGCCUCUGCCACAUGUUGAUUACACAGAAGAGGAGAUAGCAACAUGGGGAUCAGUGUUCAGGGAACUCAUCAAACUGUACCCUACCCAUGCCUGUAAGGAGCACAACCAUGUGUUCCCUCUGCUUAUAGAGAACUGUGGCUACCGGGAGGACAACAUCCCCCAACUUCAGGAUGUAUCAAACUUCCUCAAAGACUGUACAGGAUUCACAUUACGGCCAGUGGCAGGUCUUCUUUCAUCUCGGGACUUCCUGGCAGGAUUGGCAUUCCGUGUAUUUCACUCCACACAGUACAUCCGCCACUCCAGCUGCCCACUGUACACCCCAGAACCUGAUGUGUGUCACGAGUUGCUUGGCCAUGCUCCAUUGUUUGCUGACCCCGCAUUUGCACAAUUCUCCCAGGAGAUUGGACUUGCAUCACUUGGGGCUCCUGAUGAAUAUAUAGAAAAACUUGCCACGUGCUUCUGGUUUACGGUGGAGUUUGGUCUAUGCAGACAAGAUGGACAACUCAAAGCAUUUGGAGCAGGUCUGCUGUCUUCAUUUGGCGAGCUACAAUAUAGUUUGAGUGGCAAACCUGAAUUAAAACCAUUUGAGCCUUUCAAAACAGCAGUUCAGAAGUAUCCCAUCACUGAAUACCAGCCUAUAUACUUCGUAGCUGAAAGCUUUGAAGAUGCCAAAGAGAAGAUGAUAAAAUACGCCCAUACAAUCCCUCGUCACUUUGGAGUCCGCUACAAUCCUUACACUCAGAGCAUCGAGCUACUAGAUUCUAAGCCUCAGAUUGAAGGACUGGUGGACAAUAUACACCAAGAAAUGCAGAUCCUGCUUGAUGCUCUACGCAAGCUGUGACAAUCUUACCUGUGAAACAUGAUUAACUGUGUGCAUGAAGAAUUCAUAAGUACAACAUAAAUUAAUUUUGAACAAAGUUACAAAUAUAUUCUCUUACAUUUUGUCACAAUAUAUAGCUGCAUCAGGGUAUGAUGAUUCAUAUUGCAGCAUAAUUGCCUGUCAAAUUAAAUUAAAAAACUUUUCAUGUAAGUCAUACAUCUGUAAGAUACUACAGCAGUACAUUCCAACACCUUGAAGAUAUAUUAUAAAUCACUAGUCAAAAGUUGUCAUCAGUUUUUCACAAGAACACUGUAAAGUGCAUCUACAGUUGUUGUAUUUGUUUAUCUAAUUGCAUCAUGCAUAACAAAGAUGCAAAAAAUUUAAAUUUCAACAGCAAAUGUUUUCACCAUAAUGAGAUGCAUUAAUUGUCAUGUGAAUGAAGAAGGGUACAUCAUACUAAUAUUUUUUUCCUUUAAUUUUGAAGAACCCUGAUAUGGGAUGGUAAGUUGUUUAGUGGGAAACCUCUUAACUGAAAGAGUGCAUGACAAAAAAUACUUACACAAUUGCUCCUAGAGAUAUUUAUGUUUAAUACUGUUUUGUAUACUCUUUGUAAAUAUAUACCACAUCUACUUUCAUGUUUGCAAUGAAUGGCUACUGAAAUGGACAAACUCUAUGAACUCUA